AUGAAUGACUUAAGUCAACUGGUAGUUGGUGUAGAUGCUGCUUGUACACCACAGUCUUUCGUGUUGCAGGGUGAAGUGGUGACGUGUGAGAUUGAUGGAAAUGGUGCACCAUCAUCUAUAACGUCGUUUGCAACCCGAGUCUCCGGUGCGAGUGUUGCGCUUGGUCAGAUGAUCAGUCUACUUAUGUUGAUCCUUGUAGCUAUCAGCCUACAAAUGGCGAAGUGUGGAAUCGAAUUUAUGCAGGAAAUGCUACAGUUCACUGCGCAAAGAGAACGAGAAUCUGCCUUAGAGUUUCGAGGUUUUCGCUACGUUCAAUUACUCACUGCGCCUUAUUUUGGAAUUCCAAUAAUUCGCGCAGCUCCGGCGCAGUAUGGAGCUGAUUUGAAGCGUUCGCCGGUUCAAGGUGAAAUCGCCAUUGCUGAGCCACUACGUGCUUGCUCUGCUCUCACAAACAGUGCUCAUGUUCGUGGUCGCAUUGUCAUAGUCGAGCGGUCAGACUAUCAUAUUGUUGGAAGUUCUGCUGCGGGGCAACCAUCCUUUGCAAUGGCAGAGGACAAGAAUUCACCCGACGAUAUCGUCAUUGCAUCAGUGUUCGUUUACCACAACGAGGGGCAAAAACUGUUGCAAGCAGCUUCAAGCGGGAAUUUGCCCGUGAUGUGCUCUUUUUCUGACGGUGAAUUCAUCCAGAUUGACCGCGAUUUGCCAAGCGUUACGUUCAACUUUCGCUUGGAAUCUGUCAAUCAGUCUAGUGAACCAUCUGAGCAUCAAAACAUUGUUGAACGACAUGUGACAUAUCUCCAAGAUGGAAUUGGCUUCGAUCAUGUUUCCCAACGAAUAGCAUUCUUCAAUUUGAUGCGAACUGCGGCUUAUGGAGCUCUUGGUUUAACUGUGCAGGACGAAUAUCUGAAGAGUGUGGAGGCUGCUUUGCGUAGUGCCUAUUUGGUCCCAUUGUUGCCUGUGGUAUACGAACGAUUAGCUGGUGACAUCACUCAGGUCUGA